GCGCGGCGCUGCACGCGUCUCUCCCGCCACGCUGCCGUCAGGCGCCGCGCAACGCCGUCGCGAAGCUGUCGUAAAAAAGCGGCGUUGCCAUGCGGCGGGGUGCGGUAGUAGUCGCCGUGCUGUGCUUGGGCGCCGCCUGGCUUCUGGGCCGCGGGUUCGAUCCCCGCGCCUGGCUGCGGCCCCGCGGCCGUCUGCUGAGCGCCGCUGAGCUGGGGCGGCACCGCGGGGCUCCGGGGGACCCCGGCCUCUACCUCGCCCUUCUGGGCCGCGUCUUCGAUGUGCAGCCCGGCCGCAGGCACUACGGCCCCGGCGGGGCCUACAGCGGCCUAGCAGGAAGAGAUGCCAGCAGAGCGUUUGCGACUGGAGACUUCACCCCGUCAGGGCUGGUGGAUGAUGUGUCUGCGCUGUCGCCGGCAGAGAUGCUCACCAUCCAGAGCUGGCUGUCCUUCUACAGCACCAACUACGCCUGUGUGGGGAAGCUGGUGGGCAGAUUCUAUGAUGAAAAUGGGGCACCGACAGAGGCCUUAAGGCAGGCUGAGGCUGCCAUCGAGGAAGGGCUGAAGUUCAAAGCAGAAAGCGAUCAGUGGAAGGAGCAGUUUCCACCCUGCAACUCUGAGUGGAGCUCUGCCAAGGGCAGCCGAUUCUGGUGCUCCAAGCAGAGUGGGGGAGUAAACAGAGACUGGACUGGCGUGCCCCGGAAGCUGUACAGGCCUGGCUCGAGGGGAAGCCACUGCGUGUGUGUGAGAACCAGCGGCCCCCCGUGGGGCCAGCAGGGCUCAGCCCAGCACAGCGACCGAGGCGACCUGGAUAACCCCCAUCUGCAAGAAUACGACGGUUGCCACCCACAGGCUGAGCAGUGCAUCCUCAGCAUGUGACACUGUGAUUUAAGGGGGCCAGAAGGGCUCCAGUUGAUACACUGUGUUUAGGUGGGUAAUUCCAGCUUCAUUCCCUCCCGUCUGUCUGUGGAAAGGGAGUGAUGGCAAUUUCAUGUUCUGUGACUUUUAACAUGUGGCGAUGGGAGAAGAAACACUUGAGCCAAGUGAUAAUUACUGGCUAAAAAACUGGCACUUUUUCUUAGUGCUUUUUUCCCCACAGUAUUUUUACAUCUGGUGAUAAACUGUAAGAUGUACAGCCUGAGCUAUACUUAAAAAUGUGUUUCUUUUACAGCCAGGAAACAGAUAUUUGUGUGUACAGUGGUGAGCAUAAUGUGAUGUGCUUUAAGGCAGCAAGCAAGAAUUACAGCAGUAUCACUGACUUCAGUUUAUGCACAAUCCUCCAAUGUCACCUGAAGUCUGCUUACUGCUACUGCCCCUUUCCAGACAACUGCUCUGCUCUGAAGAAUUAAAAGCAGCAGGGAGAAGCCUGACUUUCUCCUACAAUUGCAGUGUGUAGCAUCCUGGAACUUGUGCAGUUCAUGUACAAGCUCUGCUUAUCAGAUCCAUGAAUACAGAAGGCAAAGGUCAGAGCUGCAUUUCCUUAUUUCAUGUUUGUACUAGAUACUGAGCAAAGAAGAUAAUGGACACCACCUAUGAGGAUUGCUGCUUAAAGUUGACCUCACCAUCCCUUUUUGGUGAUUCACUACUUUAAAGCUACCCAGCCCUGCAGUUUGAACCAGGUGAUAAUAAAAUCUACAUACAGUAUGACCAUCCCAAUGUAAUUUGCCUGUUUCCAUUCUGGUUUAUUAUCUCCCAUUUGUUACGUGUCCAUCAGACUAUAACCUUGAUCCACCUUCACCAAGCCCAGCUUAUUUGAAGGAUGCAUGUGUUUUAUCACAGCUGUCAAAAUCCAUUACAUUUUGUUAAUUCCAGAAGAACAAGGCAAAUCUUACCAGUUUUGUGUAGGGUUGCAAAGGACGGGGGGGGUAGGAGCUAUGAAUGCAGGCUGUGGGGAGGCAGCUGCAUUUGUUCCUAGAGGCUACUGUGAGAAUGGGUUAUUAGAGCAGCUGCAGCCUUGGGAGGCACCUGGAUUAACUACAGCCCAGCAAUGAACACAGCUUAGUGCAGAGCUGUGCCAGUUCUAAAGGCAGCUGCCACCUAUUUAUAAAAAGCUGGGAAGCAUUUAUAAGCUCUUAAGGCUUUUGAGCUAUAACCACUCCUAAAGAAAACCACACAGAGCUAAUUAAUUAAUAAACUAGUGGGAUUAUAGGAGGCUCAGCAACAUUCAUUAAAAGCAAGAAUAAUCACUUAAUUGCAGCAACAACAGGAACAUGUUGCAGCACUUUUCACUUACUGUGUUUAAUGAUGCUAAAGCUGCCAUGGAUGAGAACCAUACAUGUUUAAAUUGCUGUAUAUGCUUAUUUUGAUGCUUGGUGGUUUUCUUUUUUGCUUGUAACCUGGUUCUGUUAUUUCUUUUCCACGACCCUCUGUAGGAAGAGUCCCCUACAGCACUUCCAGUCAGAGCUGCAAGCUGUCACUGCUCAGCACUGGAAGUUUUCUCUAGAUAGAUGGCAGCAGAGCCAUCACGCUGUUCAGCUCCUCAGUCAUCCUUCCAGAACUGAAGUGCUGCCACAGGCUUGUGCCAGCUUUGGGAUUGGACUGAGCAACUUUAUGCAACAAUCCUAAAGAUACUAAAGCAGUGCAAAAGCUGCCGGAAGGGCUACAAAGCAGUGCUUCCUUGUCCCAAUGGAAGCAUUAUUGAAGUCAGCCUAUUAUUUACUUUUGGACACAGGCCUUAUAGCAAGGACUUGUAUUUAGAGGUCAACAGCACAGAUAACCUCAAAUUACCCUCAAAAAUUCAAUCAGAUUACGAUUUAAUCAAGGGGUGAGUGUCUUUAAAAGCAACUGCAAAAGUUAGAGAAAUUCCAAAUUAUUAAACACUAGAAUAUUUUUUAAGUUCCAAUCUAUUUGAGAAGCUAGAUUCCUACUGAAGGUACCAGCUAUGUAGCCUCCAAGCAGGUUUCAUCAUGCUUUAUCCUUAAAACUGCUCUUCCUUGCAAAAAUUGUGUUGAAAUGCUGAGGGAAUGGACUUGAUCUUAAGAACUAAACAAAAGUCAGGUAAGCUGCUGUAAGAAAGCAAGGCAGAUUUUAGAAACUGUGGUGGUGCUGCUUGACAGGUUGGAAAACUAAUUCACAGCUUAUUUCUUGGUUUAGUUGGAAAGACUAGGGGAAAAAGUUUCAGUCUUGCCCCAGGAAUGAGUCAUUUAUUAAGGCAAACAAGGAGACUCCCUGAAAUGCUCCAAGAAAAUCAUAUUGUUUCUACUAUCCUAAUUCAAAACCUCAACUAAAUUCUCCUGUGAAAGGGAAAACAAUUGAACAGGAUGUAGUAAAGAAAGACUGUACUUAAUAAAGCUCACAACUCACCUCUGGUAGCUGUACUUUUAAAAAUUAAUUAAGACUAAUGCAUCACAAUCUCAAAACGACUUUGGCUGGUCUUGUCGCUGCUACUUUCCUUUUUCUGGAGUGAAGCUGCAGUAAUUGCAUGCUCUUCCAGAGAGAAGGUGCCUGCCAGUAUGUGACAGUGCACAAAUAGUAUGUUAGAGUCAGCUCAGCCCUACUUGUCCAUUUAAGUGCAUCUGAGCUGAGCAGUUCUGGCCUGCAGGAAGUUAGGACUGUUGAACAAGUUCUAUAGAUAAGUGUCUACUGUAAGGCAAUCAAGAUGACUAUGUAGCACGAACUAGGAGAACAACAGGCCUUGUCAGCCAAAAGACUGUAAUAACUCCACAACAUGGAAACAGAGACUUAGGACAACUGCAGAGAAUAAACUGUCAGGCCCAAUUAAAUCUUACAACCCUGGAUGUCCUCGUGGUCAGUAACAGCAGCUCGGAGCAGGGCAGCUGUCUCCACCAGAGAAAAUACUUUCUCAGCAAGGUUUCCACCUCAUGAUGCAUUAUUUAGUUAUGCAUUUUAUUACAAGUAGAAUUAUUACACAACAAAGUAAUGCAUAUUGGAAAAAUACAUUUUUACAAUGACUCCAGACAAACAUUGCAGAUAAAAUGCCGUUGUUGUAAGACUUCCUUUUCUAUUUCACAGAGGCUAGAAGGUUCAAUUACUUAUUUAAAUCACUCAUACAAGCUUUGAGUUAACCAAGUUUGCUGCAGUAUUCAAACUCUGCUGGUUAAAAGAAAAAAAAAAA